AUGCUCUUCUCCACAAUCACAGCAGCAUUCUUCUAUGCCACUUCUGCUUAUGCAGCUGCUCUUCCCCCAGCUCCUGGAAAGCCACACAAUUACACUCCCGCGAAGAACCUCGAUAAUCUUGCCAAACUCUUCCCUCAAAGUGACCUUACAAGCCCGGAUGGUAUGGCACUCAAGUAUGUUGUACUUGGAAUCGGUACACAAAACUAUACCUGUGCAAACGCAAGCGCAGUUCCUGGUACUACUGGCGCUGUUGCUACCUUGUACGAUAUCGGAACGAAACUCAACAACGACCGAGAUGCCAAGUGGAAGAUUGCAACCAUCUCCCCCCUUGCCCUCUCCAUGGCCGAAUGGGCCCCCCAACUAGUCGACAUGAGUCUUCAGGCUCAAGGCUUUCAAAACGUUGCUGGACACCACUUCUUUGCCGAUGUUGCCGGAACAAACACCCCAACAUUCGCCUUUGACCAGCUCAGUGCCCCAUACCCUCUGUGCCAGGUCGCGAAAUUCGGCGCCGUCGAUGCACCGAAGACUGCAUGCACAGGAAAGAACGGUCUUCCUGCUGUUCAGUGGCUCUACCUGCAGCACAAGGCGGGUAUCGCCCAAGGAGGCAUCACCACUGUCUAUCGUGUGGAGACUGCUGGUGGCAACAAGCCUGCAACAUGCCAGGGCAUGCCACCUACAUGGGAAGUCAAGUACGCUGCACAAUACUGGGUCUAUGGUCCAAAGCAGUAA